CUGCAGCUCCUCCUGUCCCUGUACUGUGAAAGCUGUCCGGUCCAGUAGUGUGGAAUCGUAGAAUGUCCAGGAACCCUGAGGUGAAGGACGACCUGAUGGAGUGCCCACUAUGUAUGGAACCACUGGAGAUCGAUGACGUCAACUUCUUCCCCUGCACCUGUGGAUACCAGAUCUGCCGCUUCUGCUGGCAUCGAAUCAGAACAGAUGAGAAUGGUCUCUGUCCUGCCUGCAGAAAGGCGUACCCAGAAGACCCAGCAGUGUACAAGCCGCUGUCACAGGAGGAGCUGCAGAGAAUAAAGAACGAGAAGAAGCAGAAGCAAAAUGAGAAGAAGCAGAAGAUCACAGAGAACAGAAAACACCUGGCCAGUGUCCGAGUGGUCCAGAGAAACCUGGUGUUUGUAGUGGGGCUGUCUCAGAGGCUGGCCGACCCUGAGGUUCUAAAGAGGCCAGAAUAUUUUGGGAAGUUCGGGAAGAUUCACAAAGUAGUGAUCAACAACAGCACGUCGUAUGCCGGUUCACAGGGGCCCAGCGCCAGUGCCUAUGUCACAUAUAUCCGUUCUGAAGACGCUCUCAGAGCUAUCCAGUGUGUCAACAAUGUGGUGGUAGAUGGCAGAACACUUAAGGCUUCUUUAGGAACAACAAAAUACUGCAGUUACUUUUUAAAGACCAUGCAGUGCCCCAAACCCGACUGCAUGUAUCUACAUGAACUGGGGGAUGAAGCUGCCAGUUUCACGAAAGAGGAGAUGCAGGCAGGAAAGCAUCAAGAGUAUGAGCAGAAACUACUACAAGACCUCUACAAAAUGAAUCCCACUUUCCUACAGACCUCAGCUGUGUCAGGGGACAAACUAAAGGGCAAAGCAAACUCUCUACAGAGGUCUAACAGCUCCAGUAAAGAUGGAUGGCUGUCAUUACAGCCGCCAGGGAGGAUAAGCAACGGUCUGUCUUCCGACCACGGGAAGAGUCCGCCGUUGGAUGGCUCAGACCCUGAACACUUGACCCCUGAGGGGCCCGAACCUGACCUCAGCCUUGGCCCUGUACAGGCCCUCUCUCCUUUCUCCUCAAACUGUGACCUUGCUAGCCCCAGCAAGACACUGCCAGACAUCAUCAGUAUGGGCAACGGUGAAACCUCACAACUGGUCCUGAGCAGUGACUCUCCAUCGCCCCCUCCUGGCUUGAUUAAGCCCAGCCUGGCGGUUCCCAUCAGUGUCACAGUCCACGCAGUUCGCUCCCCCUUUGAGCUGGCUGCUGCAGAGUCCCAGUCACUGUUCUCAGACAACAGUAACUUCAGGCAUCCAAACCCGCUCCCCAGUGGACUGAGCGGCUUCCUCAGCUCCCCAGACAGCAAUGCCGACUGGCCCACUGCACCAGAGCCACAGAGCCUCUUCACCUCAGAUACCAUCCCGGUGUCGUCGUCCACAGACUGGCAGGCAGCGUUUGGCUUUGGCUCGUCCAAACAGCAGCAGGAGGACGACCUGGGUUUCGACCCCUUCGACAUCACUCGCAGGGCUCUGGCAGACCUCAUAGAGAAGGAGCUCUCUGUUGAAGACCGCUUCAGCUCCCCUCUGUCACCCGGCUCCUUCCCCCACAGAACCCACAGGCCCCUUUUAAACAAAGGCCUCGGGACCCCAGGGGGGCUCCCACUGCCAAACCACCUCCCGCCCUUUCACCACACCUCCCAGCAUCAGCAUCCUCAGAGGGGAGGCUACAGCUUCAGCUUUCCCACUCACCCUUCAUCCUCCAGCUGCUCCUCCUCAUCGUCAUCUUGUGGGUCCUGGAUGGGUUCCACCUCAUCACGUAGUAACUUUGUGCAUUUGAACCAUACAGCCUGUCCAACAACCUCCACCUCACACAGUAGCUUCUUGGACUUGACAGUGCUGCCCGGACAUCACAGUACUGGGCUUGGAGGACUCCCCAUCACAGAAAACAGCAGUUGUGUAGAGAGUAUAAGUGUGAAAGAGUGGCAGGAGGGACUCAGAGCGCUGUUACCCAACAUCAACAUCAACUUUGGAGGACUGCCCAACUCCUCGUCUUCCUCAUCGUCAUCAUCCUCCAGCGUCAACCAUACGGGGACACUGGGGGUUUCUGGGAAUGUUUCUCACAGCCUCUGCUGGGAUGGCACAGCCAGCUGGAUGGACCCAGCCAUCAUCAGAGGGAUCCCAGCCUCCAGUGGCCAUAGUCUGGACUCUCUUCAAGACGACAAUCCUCCACACUGGCUCAAGUCCUUGCAGGCACUCACAGAAAUGGAUGCCCCGUCCUGCUCCGCCUCACAAAAUGGCCGCUUUGAGAGUCAGCCAUCCCCCCACAGAGGUGGCUGGGCGCACUACCCGGCCCCCACCAACCUGUUCCACUCCCCACCACCGGGCUUCCAGACAGCCUUCAGACCCCCAACACAGACCCAGAGCGACGCUAUCAUGUCAACACACACACACAGACGCACACACAUCACCACCUCCAACCAAACCGAAUGAGCAGAUACAAGAGUACAAAACAACUAUUAACAACUAAUACAAUAAAAUAAUAUUUUAAUUUCGUCCUCCUCCAGAUCUUCUGAGCUCUUGGCGUUUCUUGUCUUGUUUUCUGGUUAGAGCUGGUCUAUGCAGGGUACCCCAGCCACACCUCCUAACACUGUCUGAAUGCAUCAUGAUCACAAAGUGCUGCUGAGACGGAAGCAUAGUCGCUCUGUUAAAACAAGAAGUUGUCAUGUUCAGAGAGAGGUGCUUUGGAAUAAACAGCAGACUUAUGUGAUGUUUUAAAACCCGACUGAACAGGUUUCUCCAUAAGUCUCAGCCUCAGUUGACAGAAGCUGUCUCCAAGAACCCUUGAGAGAAGUCAUUCAUAGACAACAAGCUGCAUCAGACAAUCAGACCCUCGAUUAUUUGAUCAGGAAGAAAUUAAAGGCUUAGUACAGUUUAUGUAUGGUAUUGUAAGGAGCUACACAGCUAUGGAAGUGUUGACAGAAGUAGUGAGGAAGCUCAAAACUAUUCUGAGCACUACUUGGGCCGUAAGUCAACUAUUGAGAGCUAUUGAACUAUUGUAAGAGCAGCAUUAGGUUUGUGUGCGAGGGACGACCGAAUCAUGAACGUGACAGAUGAUUUGAACAUGCAAGAGGAAUUGUGGAGCUACAUUUGAGCCAGCAACAGGGAUUCUGCCGCUCGUAAUGACCACAGCUGCUCGCACCCUCUCUGCAGUCCAAAUCCCCUGAGCUCAAACUGAGAGCAGAUUGUCACCAGUACAGUUUGAACUGAAAGUGAAGGGCCGUCCUGCCUCCUACUUCUAAAAUAAAAUCUGGGACAGUGGCUUUUUAUAACCACCAGAUGGAGAGAGAGAGCAGGAUUUGGUGUCUGUUUAAGCUUAAAAAUCAAAAUGACUUCACUAAAUGACUAAAAUCACAUUUGGUUUGAUGGCAAAUAUUCUAUGAUUUUAAGCCAUCGUUGAGUAAUUUAGAGAUAGAUAGAUAGAGAUAUAUAUAUAUAUAUAUAUAUAUAUAUAGUUACUAGCUAUAUAUCAUAGUGGCCAUGGUAGCUUCUUGUUAACUUCUCUUUCUAGUGACUUUCUGAACCAGGCUUUUUUGCAUGACUUGCAGUGAGAUGCAACAUUUGUAAAGCAGUUUGUCUGUUAAGGUAGAAAAGCAGAGUAUUUACUGUGAUCUGAUCUGACUCCAUUUGGGAUUAAAAAAACAAUGAUUUAAACUAAAGAUAAUAAAAAUAAUCUUUAGAAUUUUUUAUGGGAUAUGGCUACAUUCAGAACAGUAUUAUUUAAAUAGGCAAAGGGAAAAUCCCUCACACUGGUAUAAAGUAGGCAAUGGUAAGGGGGGUAUGGCCAGAAUUUGGCUGAACUUGAAUCUACAGCGUAGAUCCACAUGUCUGCAAUAAUUUAAGUGUAGGCUAAUCAAUAAGGUGUAUAUAUAGGCAUAAAAUAUGUUAAUCACUUGUCCUAGUCAAAUGGUCACCAACCACUCCUUAAGAGGAGCAAUAUUUUCCAAAGCUGACUUUCAGAAACUCAGAAGCACAAAGAGUGCAGAUUCAUCCUGUUGUUUGCUGCUGCAGCACUCUUUGUUGUGAUGUCUGAAACUGCAGCUCAUGCUUAUGUCACGUAAAGAAAUUCAGGUGACACAUUUUAGAACGCAUUGCCGUGAAAUCGUGUGGCUCAAAGCCUGUACUUCUGGUAGGUAUAGGGGCUUAGUGCCCAUUCAGUCAAGUGGCACAGCCAAAUGAAUAUGGACAUCCUUGUGAAAUAGGUGGUGCUAGAAGGUCGGUAAAGCAGAGACUACCUCUAGGUCGCUAAGAAAAAGUUCCAUGAACUAUCUACAUGGAUGUGCUCACCUGUGACGGCGUGUAUGGUCCACACAGUCAUACAUUUUGGGCUGGACACAGAUGGUCCCAGGGUUUUUUACACAUCAGUAAAUGGGGUUGGGUCUUGAAAGUCUUGCAAGGCAACAGGAGAAAGUGUGGUCUAAAUCUGCUGCUAGGUGAAUGCCCUCAGGAGAACUGUUGGCCAAACCUCUGUAUCAGAGGGUAGAAUGUAGACAUACAGUGGCAGCAUGUGGACCAUCUUAGCACAGUGCCACUGUGUGGCGCUCACUGUCAGCUGUCUUCAGGACCUCUCCUAUUGUCCCAGACAUACAGUACACGACAGCCUCAACUGCAUGAGUGAUGCUGAUAUUCAUGGCAAACACUGUUGUUCAUGUGAUUUGUACUUUGUACCUGUCGGUUUUAUACUGAAGUCAAAGAGGUCUGUUUAGAACAUUUAAAAAGAGUGUUUAUUUUCAAUUGGACUGGGCUUUAGCUGGAUGCUCGCUUGAAUUAAACAGUAAGGACUCCUGAAGAAGGAUUUGUGGCAGUUUUCCAUUUUUAUGAGUCUCAUUUCAGAUUGGUUGAUUGUUGAGGCGCUGUGUGCUGGGAUACUCAUAAGACCAACUCAAACCAUCAGUGACAUGAGGUGUAAAUCAUGUAUGCCUUUCUCAUCCAAAAGCUUCAGUUCUGAACGGUCCUUUUGUUAUAUCUAUUCUUGAGAAUUAAUGUAAACAUGUCUAAAAAGAAGGAUCACACCUCUCUAGGAACAUAAAACAGAUAUUAAAUAAAAGAGAAUACAUGAA